AUGGAGCCGGAGGAACCCCUCUCCCUGAGUGUCUUUGGUGGUUUCGAUUUUGCACAUCUGGUAGCCGUGCGAAUUGUGCUGAUAACAAUGGGGUUAAUGAAGGAUCCCUGCUUCGUCCAAAGACCCCACAGCAUUGUCCUGGAAAGAGCUACCAGGGGAGUGACUUAUCAGGAGUCCCAGGUGUUGGAAGAGCCUGGCUUUCGAAGUCAGAAGCACAAGAGGCAAGUACGAAUGACCGAGAGUAAAUAUUUAUUCGGUUCACAGUGUAUUUCGUGUGAUGGAAUGGGACCUACUGACUUUACCCUAAUAGCUCACAGGGCCCAGCUACCUACAAAGUACCUACAUCCUGCUUGGAAUAUGGAUUACAGCCAAAGUCACAGCCACAGCCUGGCUGCGUUUAGUAGCAAUUGCUGUGUUAGUGCUGAUUCUGACAUGCCUACGUUGAUCUGCUUUCCUCUUCUUUUAGAUGCUGAGGAUUUUCUGGCGGAAGAUUUGAGGAAUGAGAACCUCAGUGCUAUUGCAAGGGACCACAGAGACCAUAUUCUUCGGGGUUUUCAACAAAUCAAAACUAGGUACUACUGGGAUUUUCAGCCCCCAGGGGGAGACCAAGCUGAAAAUUACCUUGGACAGGACAGCUCCGGUGAUAAUCACAGUGGAAUUCCUGGCCCUUCUCUCCCCUCAGAUGCACCUUUUUUGCCAGAUUAUCAGGAUGAGGGAAUGGAAGACUUCCCAAGAGGAGCUCAAGAGCUUGAUAGCAUCAUCAAGCAAGGAUACUUGGAGAAGAAAAGUAAAGACCCCAGUUUCUUCGGAUCGGAGUGGCAGAAGAGAUGGUGUGUUGUCAGCAGAGGCCUCUUCUGCUACUAUGCUAAUGAGAAAAGCAAGCAGCCCAAAGGGACCUUUCUCAUUAAGGGCUACAGCGUACGGAUGGCCCCCUACCUGCGAAAAGACUCCAAGAAAGAAUCCUGCUUUGAACUGACCUCCCAGGAUAGGCGCAGCUAUGAGUUUACAGCUACUAAUCGUGCUGAAGCCAGAGACUGGGUGGAUCAAAUAAGUUUCUUGUUAAAGGAUCUGAGUUCCUUAACCAUUCCAUGUGAAGAGGAGGAAGAAGAGGAGGGAGAGGACGAGAUGUAUGAUGAUAUCGAUGGCCUUGACUCCCAAAAUUCCGGUCCCCAGCGCAGACCCGUUAUCUUGCCUGGGAGUCUAGGACCAAAGCAGCCCUCAGAGGAGAAAGAAGAAGAAGAAGAAGAUAUUUACGAAGUCUUACCAGAUGAAGAGCUCGACCUAGAAGAGGAUGAGAGUGGCACUGGACAAAAAAGAGUGGACUAUGCCAGUUAUUACCAGGGCUUAUGGGAUUGCCAUGGUGACCAGCCAGACGAACUGUCCUUCCAGCGGGGUGACCUCAUCCGCAUUCUGAGCAAGGAGCAUAACAUGUACGGCUGGUGGGUCGGAGAACUGAACAGCCUUGUUGGGAUCGUUCCGAAGGAGUACCUCACAGCCGCCUUUGAAGUAGAAGAAAGAUGAAGCCCAGGUAUCCCAGCUGUUGCCAGUGAAUGCGCUGGCCAUGCCUUUGUUUCUCUGGGAAGGAUGGGAGUUGCCAGUGAAGUAGCUUUGCUUCAUCUCCAAAGGUGAUGCUAAUAAUUCACCACUGAAAGAUGAUGAUUCUGGAAUUGUUUUUCCUAAAUUAGGGGACUGUGUCGGUUAUGAUUAAGUUCAACUACAUGUGACAGAAAAGUCAAAAUAACUGAUUUAAUUAACAUGGAAAUUUAUUUUUCUCUUCUGUAAAAACCCGGAGGUAAGUAAUACAAGGUAACUAGGU